AUGACUCUUCCUUGGAAUUUGUUGAUAUCGGUGUAUCAUUGGUGUCCAUUCUUAUUGCAGAACCAUAACGAAAUAUGUGAUCCCCUGGUGAAUUAUAAAAUACAGCCUCCACCAUCUUCGCCCUCCAUAGGGGAUGAUAUAUUUGUCGCCUUGUAUAACUACGAACGAACCCAUGAGGAUGAUCUUGAUUUCAAGGAAGGUGAUCAGCUAAAAGUUCUAAAACGGGAGGGAGACUGGUGGAAAGCACAGUCUUUAGAGACGGGACAAGAAGGCUACAUCCCAUACAAUUUUGUGGCACGGGCGCACACACUGGAGAUUGAAACAUGGUUCUUUAAAGAUCUAAGCCGGAAAGAAGCUGAGCGACAACUUCUGACAGCUGGCAAUUCUGUAGGCUCCUACCUGAUUCGAGAGAGUGAAACCACCAAAGGUUCUUAUUCACUGUCUGUAAGGGACUUUGAUUCACAACAAGGGGACGUGGUAAAGCACUAUAAGAUUCGCUCUUUAGAUAAAGGAGGCUAUUACAUAUCGCCACGGAUAACUUUCAAUACUCUUCACGAGCUGGUGAACCAUUACUCAUAUAACACGGAUGGUUUAUGUCAGUGCUUGAAGAAACCAUGUCAAACUCAAAAGCCACAAAAACCAUGGUGGCAUGAUGAAUGGGAGGUCUCCAGAGACACGCUGACACUGGUGGAGAAGUUGGGCUCUGGGCAGUUUGGAGAAGUUUGGAUGGUUAGCUACCAUAGUCAUUCAAAAUUUGCCAUCAAAACCUCAAGAGAGAGGACUCUAGCAGUCAAAUUACAGCAUGCUGAAGCCAACUUGAUGCUUUCCAUCAUGCAUCAAUUAAAAUUGGUGAGAGUCCUUGCAGAAAUGCCAAGGGAAGUCCCAAUGUGUGUGAUAUCGAGUUUCAUGAAGGUAUGGCAUUUAUCUUUCUUUUUUCUCUCUUUUCCAGGUAGCCUUGUGGAUUUUCUGAAGACAUCUGUUGGAUCAAAACUCAACAUAUUUAAGCUCAUUGAUAUGGCAGCACAGAUCGCUGAGGGGAUGGCCUUUAUUGAAAGAAAAAAUUAUAUCCAUCGAGAUCUUCGUGCAGCAAAUAUCCUGGUUUCUGAAGAGCUCUGCUGCAAGAUUGCUGAUUUUGGUCUUGCCCGCCUUAUUGAAGACAAUGAGUACACGGCAAGAGAAGGAGCUAAGUUCCCCAUCAAGUGGACGGCACCAGAAGCCAUCAACUAUGGUACAUUCACCAUCAAGUCUGAUGUCUGGAGUUUUGGAGUGUUGCUUACAGAAAUUGUGACAUAUGGAAGAAUUCCAUAUCCAGGUAUGACCAACCCUGAAGUCAUUCAGAAUUUGGAACGUGGUUACCGAAUGCCGGCCCCUGAAAACUGCACCGAAGAACUCUACGAAGUAAUGAUGCGUUGCUGGGGAGAGAAGCCUGAAGACCGGCCAACUUUUGAAUAUUUGCAAAGUGUAUUGGAAGACUUCUUUACAGCCACUGAAUCUCAAUACCAGCAACAACCUUAGCAGUGCCUCAUGCCCUGAUGGUGUAAACAUUAUUGGGGAUUUAAAAACUCUGAAAAUUAUUCUCCCUGGAAUUGGGUAGCAUGAGACAGGGAAAAAUUCAGAUCACAGUUUGGUUGCCCAAAUGCAAGGCAGCCUUAGAGUGGUCAUUUUAUCUGGAAGGAUGAUUGCCUGCAGCUCUGAUAUUGUUCCUCAUUUCACCAUGGGCAUAGAGAAAGUCACUUUUUUCACUAAGGUAGGGCGUUUGAAAUGUCCUCAUAUCUGCUCCAAACUCAGGUAGAUAUCUUCGCCAGGUCCGCAGUGGAAAUUCCAUUUCUAAUAGAUAAACAAGAUUUCUGACACUUUUUUUUAAUUCUUUCGUGGGAUGUGGGUUUUGCUUGCUGGGCCAACAUUUAUUAUCCAUCCUUUAAUUUCCUUUGAGGUGGUGAGCUGUCCUCUUCAAUUGCUGCCAUCCAUUUAGUGGCCAAAGGUGUUCAUUCAGUGGCCAAAAACAGUUCUGAGGGGACUCCUGGCCAUUAUCUCAUUGAUUGAUUAAUUUUAUUAGGAGCACCAACUUAGACCCUUUUAAAAGAUUUGUUUAGAACUCCAUUCCAUAGGUUUCAUAUAACAAUAUUCUAUCAAACAUAGUCAGAAUGUUGAUUAAUUGCAUGAAACAUGUCUUGAGUUUAAAGCACAUCCUGGUAAAUAUUUAGCUCCUUUUGCAGGUUAUCCAUUUGGUAAAGGGUGUGCUUCCAAGGAUUUAGCACCCAAGUGUCUGACUUGGAUUUUCCACAUGAAGUACUUAACUUAUGGCAAUUACUUUAAGGGUCCAAUAAUUGUUCUAUCAUCCAAUUGCUUUCAGUUAUUGUCCCACUUUCAAACACAAUAAUUAUACAUACUGAAAGGAAACUCAAAUUAUUCAAAAUAUUCUAUUAUGUUCUGGUGACCCUGGGUCACCAUUUUAUUAACUUAAUGUAGCAAUCUUGAUGAAUGAAAUCUUUUAACUGAAAUAUUUAUGCUACAUCAUCUAUUUUUUUUUAAGAUUGUGCUUUUGAAAGAAUUUUUAUGAUUUUCUUUUUGUUAACCUUUUAGAAUUAGCUCAUGUCUAAGAACAGGCUAUUAUGCAUAGUAUCCGCCCAGAUUGUUCCCAAGCAGACCACUAGACAGAACAGCCUUUAAGCUCUCCAAUACAGGCCCACAGUCAAUAGGUUGGAUAGAAGGAACAGAAAUCUCUAUUUGAAGUUGUGCUACCCCUUCUUAGAGUUGUGUACAUUCUUCAAUCACUGAUAUGGGCAUUGCUAGUAAAGCCAGCAUUUAUCGCUCAUUCCUUGAGAAGUUGGUGGUGAAUUAGCUUUUGGAACCAUUAUUGGGUAGGGACACCCACUGUGCUGCUAGGAAGGGAGUUCCAGAAUUUUGACCCAGCAAACAUGAAGGAAUGUUGUUAUGGUUGAAAGUCAGGAUGGUGUGUGACUUGGAAGGGAACAUGCAGAUGGUGGUGUUCCCAUGCAAGUGCUGCCCUUGUCCUUCCAAAUGCUCAAGGUGACAGGCCCAGAAAGUAUUACCAAAGAAACCGCAGUGAGUUGCUUCAUUGUAUCUUGUAAUGGUAGACACUGCUACCAAUGUGUACUGGUGGUGGAAGGAGUGGAGGUUGAAGGUGGUGGAAGGAGUAGAGGUUGAUGUAGUGGAUGGAGUGCCAAUCUAGUGGGCUGCUCCUUCCUGCAUGGUAUCAAGCUUCAUGUAUCUUUUAGUGCUGCACCCCUUCAGCUGAGUGAAUUAUUUCAGAUUUAGCUUCUUGAAAUGAAGCUUUUUCUCGACAUGACCUAAAAGCUGAGUCCACCCUGAUGAUUAAGAAUAAUAGAAGCUUCCAUUAUAUUGGGAUUGAGAAGAAUAAUGUGACAAUAUUUUACAGGUAAUGAUGUUGAAUUCCACACGAGACACAAAACUAUUUUAUCUUUUCCAUGAAAUAACGGUUUUGGCAUUGCAGUGAUAUCUUUGGUUUUGAUUCAGGUAAGGUGAAAGGGAAUUAAUUGGAGGAAAAAUUCAUGGACAGCAGGAAAAUCAAUUUGCUUGAUAUUCGAAAUCUGUGCGCAUUUGUGUUAUGUGAAGUGAAACUGAUACAGCCUUCUCUUCUUGGAAAAAGUAUCUUCUAUUUCCUCACAACAAAACGUCACUGUGAUUGAUAUCAAUAGAUGAGGGGUACCCUCGGUGGCUCUGCUUUUCCAAUUAAUGGAUGUUUCCUGAGAACCAGAGGUUUAACAGCUGAAAUUGAGAGGAAAGCUUUUUUUUUAAACUUCAUUGGGCUGAUUGGAUAACAGAUUUGUGUUUUAUUUUAUAUAUUCACAGGAUGAGGACAUUGCUGGCUAGUCCAGCAUUUAUUGCCCAUCCCUAAUUGUCCAGAGGGUAGUUAAGAGUCAACCCAUUGCUGCUGGCCUGGAGUCACAUGUAGGCCAUGGCAGUUUCCCUCCCUAAAGUACAUUAGAACCACAUGGGUUUUCACAACAAUCGACAAUUAUUUCAUUAUUUUCAUUAGACUCAUAAUUACAGAUUUUAAUUCAAUUUAAAUUCCACCAUUUGCCAUGGCGGGAUUUGAACCCAGGUCCCCAGAACAUUACCUGAGUCUCUGGAUUAAUAAAAUCCAGAAGGACUGCAGAUGCUGUAAUUCAAGAACAGUUCUGAGGAAGGGUCACUGGACCCAAAAUGUUAACUCUGAUUUUUUUCUUCACAGAUGCUGCCAGACCUACUGAGCUUUUCCAGCAACUUCUGUUUUUGCUCUGGAUUAUUAGUCGAGUGAUAAUACCACUCGCGCUUUCAUCUCUUGUAUAGUACAAAUUUUUUAAAAUGGAGUAAAAUAUUGAAUUUCCGAGCACAAAUCAAAAUCAUUGAAUUGCUUUUUAAGGCAAAACAUUAUUCUUAAUUUUGUGCAAUUUAUACAUUCUGUAAAAAUAUACAGAUACAGUUCAUUUUGGGCCCGUGGUGAUUUCAUAUCUUCUAAAUAUGUUGAAAUCUUGUUUUUAUUAAUUCAUUGAUGAAUAAAGUUUUGUAUUCAA